UUGUGUGUGCCUCCACAGCAUGGCACACCACUCGGUGUGCCACCGGGGUAUAAAUUCAUGACGGCUGUAAUAUCUAACAGGAAACUAACAUCACUUUGAACUAACAAGAAGAGCUUUGUCCCCUUUGGAGAUUCGAGAGCCGAACCAGGAGAGGUCUAACAAUGAAUAUUCAGUCCACCAUCAAUAAAGAAGUCUUCAUCCCCUGCAACGAACGGAUGCUGGUGGGUUCGGAGGUACGGAGGAGAAAAAAGAAGAGAAUGCCUUUUCUUUCGCCUGGAUCCAAAGGAGACUAUGCAACAUUCAUUUGUGUUUCAGUGACCAACACAAGACCGCACCAGCUCCUCAUUUCAAAGGUGAAGCAGUAUAGUGGCUCCUUGGCCUUCACAAGGACGUCACAGUGGAAGGCGGAGCAACUACGACAGGUCAAUGGCAUUAACCCCAACAAGGACAGCCCCGAAUUUGACCUGGUCUUUGUCAAUGCUGUGGAUCAGUGGGUGGCCACCUCAGCGGCAGAAAAGUGCAUCUUCGUGCAGAUUCUGUACCGCGCCUGCCAGACCUACUGGGAGGGAAAGCCCGGAAGUCUGAUCAAGGCGAGCCGCCGGGUUUCCGGCCAGGUCGGGGCGGCCGGUCCCAAUGAUUCCUCACCGGGGCCUUCAUCCGGAACAGUACGAGCACGACGGAAAAGCUUUGUUGCACCCAGACCACCGGAGUUCAUUAACUGCUCGUCCAAACUCACACGAGACUCCUCCACCAUGAAUCUGUUCAUCUACCGCUGCAAAGCCUUCUUGAAUCAUGUCAAGAAGAAGAUGGUUGGAACACAAAGCAGCUCACAGAAUAGAGUCCAUCAGAUGACAGUGGCUUUGGGAGAGCAUGGGGACAAAGUUACUGCAGCUGAAGACAAGACUGUAGGACUAGUGCACACAGUCCAGCAGCUUGCAGACAUUGCGCACAAGAUCUCCCUUAAAUAUGCAAAAUAGAAUCUCAGUGGACUCUUCCAGGAUGAAGGACAUGAAUAGCAAGUGGAUGCCGAAACAGCAUGCGCCUAAUUGCUUAAUCAAAGCGUAUUUAAAGAAGACUAAGGAUUUAUACGCUGUCACUUACUGUGUGUAUUCAGAAUUACAGCUUUAUUAUUUGUUUCUUGUACUUAAGACACAAGUAUCGUGGUCAUACUAUAUACAGUAUAUAAAUAUGUUGCCAGCCAUCAGAUUAACCUUGUUGUUAAAGUAAUCAUGCUCUUAUUAAAUGCCUUGUACAAAGCACCUAACACACCAGUGUGCAUGUUGUUAUCAUAACUCAUAGUUGCGCAUUGUUGUGGGUUUAUAUUGUGUCCCCGCUGUGUCUUGUCUAUGUUCCCUGAACACUAAUCCAACUGUCAAACAUUGUGUAUUUUGUCUUCUGAUAAAUGCUGGCUAGUCUUUGUGUCUAUGUGACUUAUGUCUUGUCUAUGUAAAUUGAAUCAAAAUGGUUCAGGUAUGUUGCACAAUGACCAUGAAGCAGAGGUACAAUAAAAAGAUCUACCAAUGUGGAAAGUCAGUGUUCAAGGUUCAGAAGUUAAAACAUGAUAAUGUAAAAUGUAUUACUUACUGUACUUGAAUAAAA